UUUUCGUCGAGUCAGCACAAAACGUAGUCGAGCAAGCGGGAACGAUGAUGAUGAGGAUGAUGACGAGCGGAGUUGAGGACAACGGGAAAGCACGGCUGCGUGCGCUGCAUCGGUUGACAGGCGUGAAAGCGCGCAGGCGCAAUGUAAGCAAGGGCCAAAGCGGCACCCACACUGACGACAACGGAAGUCUUCACACAGAAACGAGUUCACAACAGCAGCAACAGCAACAGCAACAAGAGCAACAACAGCAACAGCAACAGGCGAGGGGUGCGUUGCCGUUGCGAAGCCAGCUGCUUGGUGAACCUGAUGAUGAAAGCAGUAACAAGAAGAAGGUCGAUCACGCCAAGCUGCAAGACGAGAUUCUGCAGGACACUUAUCAGUCUGUCCUUCACCUCAAAUCCGUUUUCCAGAACACCCACGCCAGCGUGCGGCAAGGCACAGAGGUCAUCGACGAGACCUUGGAGGCUGCGGAAGCGGCAGAGGCCGAUAUGGACAAGGCCUUGGCCGCCAUGAAGAAGCACCUGGCCAGUGGCACAAACCUCUACAUCUACCUCAGCAUGGUGUUUACGCUGCUCCUCUUCAUCAUCAUGGUUGUCUUUAUCCACUUCUCCAACAAGGCGGCCUCCUAG